ACACGCCUCUCCAGAUAACAGCUGUGUGGACGCGACAUUAACACCACUGAGACGUCGCUAAGCUGAGUUGUGAAAGCGAUGCAGGCCCAGGAUCUGAUCCGGCACCUGCGGAUGCCUGAGCUGGAUGAUUUGAGGCAGUAUGUGCGCAGUUUACCCACCAACACCCUCAUGGGCAUGGGUGCAUUCGCUGCCAUCACCACAUACUGGCUGGCUACCCGUCCCAAAGCUCUAAAACCACCCUGUGACCUCACUAUGCAGUCCGUGGAGGUGCCGGGUAAGGAAUAUGCACGUCGCUCUAUCCUAAUGGACAAUGACACACACAUGACGUACUACUAUAAAGACGCUCUGACACUGUAUGAGUUUUUCUUACGAGGACUACGAGUGUCAAACAAUGGUCCUUGUUUGGGGUCGCGAAAGGCAGGCCAGCCAUAUAAAUGGCUGUCGUAUAAGGAGGUUGCAGACAGGGCAGAGUUUGCAGGUUCAGCUUUACUCCACAGAGGUCACAGUCAAUCAGGAGACAAAUACAUUGGCAUCUUCGCACAGAACAGACCGGAGUGGACGAUUUCAGAGUUGGCAUGUUACACAUAUUCACUGGUGGCAGUGCCACUGUAUGACACACUGGGUACAGAAGCCAUCAGCUACGUCAUUGACAAAGCUUCCAUCACCACCAUCAUCUGUGACAUCGCGGAUAAAGCUCGUCUGAUCCUGGACUGUGUGUCUGGCCGGAAGCACAGCGUCACGACUAUAGUGAUCAUGGAGAGCUUUGACAGUGAGCUGACAGCACAAGCACAAAACUGUGGCAUCGACAUUAUCAGCCUCAAGGAGCUGGAGGCUAUUGGCAAAGCAAACCACAAGACACCCAUUCCUCCUAAACCUGAAGACCUGGCACUGAUUUGCUUCACGAGUGGAACUACAGGAAAUCCAAAGGGAGCGAUGCUCACACAUGGAAAUGUUGUUUCCAAUUGUUCUGCUUUCAUUAAAAUUACAGAGGUUCAUUGCAUGCUUAACCAGACAGAUAUUCACAUUUCUUACCUACCACUAGCGCACAUGUUUGAAAGAGUGGUCGAGGGUGUGCUUCUGUGCCACGGGGCCAAGAUUGGGUAUUUUCAGGGUGACAUCCGUCUCCUUAUGGAUGAUUUGAAGAAUCUUAAGCCCACUAUAUUUCCCGUAGUCCCAAGACUACUCAACCGCAUGUUUGAUAAGAUUUUUGGCCAGGCGAACACUCCUCUUAAAAGAUGGCUGUUGGAUUUUGCCACCAGCAGGAAAGAAGCGGAACUAAAAAGUGGAGUUGUGAGGAAGGACAGCAUGUGGGAUAAAUUAAUCUUCAGCAAAGUGCAGGCCAGUCUUGGUGGGCGCGUGAGGCUGAUGAUCACAGGAGCUGCUCCAGUGUCUCCAACCGUCCUCACUUUUCUGCGAGCAGCACUGGGCUGCCAGUUUUAUGAAGGUUACGGGCAGACAGAGUGUACUGCAGGCUGCACAAUGUCACUUCCUGGAGACUGGACAGCCGGUCAUGUGGGAGCGCCGCUGCCCUGUAACUUUGUUAAGCUGGUGGAUGUAGCUGAAAUGAAUUACUUUGCUGCAAAUGGAGAGGGAGAGGUGUGUGUGAAAGGACCAAAUGUGUUUCAAGGUUACCUGAAAGACCCGGAGCAAACCUCAGGGGCUGUGGAUAAAGCCGGCUGGCUGCACACCGGAGACAUUGGCAAAUGGCUUCCGAAUGGCACUCUGAAGAUUAUCGACAGGAAGAAACACAUUUUUAAGCUGGCUCAGGGUGAAUACAUAGCUCCAGAGAAGAUUGAGAACAUCUACAUCCGCAGUGACCCUGUGGCUCAGGUCUUUGUGCAUGGAGACAGUUUGCAGGCAUGUUUAGUGGGUGUUGUGGUUCCUGAUCCAGACUUUUUGCCAGGAUGGGCAAAGAAUAGAGGCAUUGAGGGAUCCUUCAAUGACUUGUGCAAAAGCAAGGAGGUGAAAAAUGCCAUCCUAGAGGAUAUGAUUCAGCUUGGGAAAGAAGCUGGACUGAAGUCUUUUGAACAGGUGAGAGACAUCGCUCUGCACCUGGAAAUGUUCUCUGUUCAGAACGGCCUCCUCACACCAACACUGAAAGCUAAGAGAACCGAGCUGAAGAGCCGCUUCAGAGAGCAGAUCGACCAGCUCUAUGCCAAAAUCAAAAUGUGAGCAGCUGGACAGAGACCGAAAGACCCCCCUCCUCCGUCUACACUGACUGAACUACAACACCCCAGAAUACACACUUUGACAAAGGAGCUGCUCCAGUUCUGUCAUGCUGUUGGGAGUGAAGGACCACUAGUGGACUCUUUUUUUUUUUUUUAAUUUUUGUUUUUUUUUCUACCACUUGGAGGAGCUGUAGUCAUCCCUCAGCCCCAUCAGCAAAGCACAUGCCAAACAUUUCACCAGCCCUGAUCAUCAUCUGGGACGACAACUGAAGAAAACUGGAAGCUGAACCAACCCAAUGCCUUAGGCCGGUCAAUGCCUUGAGUCUAAUAAGCCAGACGAGAUCAUAUUAAUUCACACGACACACUGAAACAGCUGGGGCCUCAGUUAUAAAGUCUAUGCUCAGAUUUGAUCUUAGUGUGUGUGCACGUGUGUGUGUGUGCGCUUAAAUCCAGAGCUUGUUCAUAUUUAUAAAUAUAUAUUAAAAAAAAAUAGCGAUUCGAUUUCGAUUAAUCGCACAGGUUUGGGAAUUCGCCUGCUCAGAUCUUGACAUGUUAAACAUUUCCUGGUGUUCUUUUGCGAUUAGCUAAUCACAAAAGGGCUGCAAUAUGAAAUAUACAUGUACUGUAUUCUUUAAUCUUCCACACCCAGAGCAAAUGUGUGACUGUCAUCUGGGUGUGACAUUCUUACCUGCCAAUUGAGUGAGCACACUUUCAAUCUGCCCAAUUAGAAAUCAGAAAAGAAAGAGGAAAGCGCUGACAAGUGAGGUAAUGGCGUCUGCUGCUUUAGAAGCAUUAAUAGAUGGAUUAAUAUCAAAGAAAAACAGUACAUUGGUAAUAUGGGAACAUUUUGUUUUCAGAGUCACAGCCACCCAACAAAAACAGGUCAUUUUUAAGAGCUGUCACAGAAUUGUUGCCAAUGCUUACAGAUUAUCGAGCUGAAGCUUGACUACAAAAUUAAUUCAUAAUUCAAAUCGCAAUAUCUGUCAGAAAAAUCGCAAUUAGAUAUUCUCCCCAAUUCACACAGCCCUAUCAAAGGAGCUGAUAAUUUUGCCCUUAAAAUUGUGUUUAAAAAAA